AUGGCUCCUACUGCUAUAGAUUUACAACAAGUGUCUGAUGAAGACUACCAAACCAAAAUAAAAAAGGCUACCUCGCCUUCAUAUUCUGUCAUUGCCUCUCUGGGUUUAAACCCUGAGGCAGUGAUCCGCCACAACGCUGCCGUUCCUACUCUUUACGAGGACGGUUUGUUGGAGAAAGGAACUGCCAUCAGUUCUACUGGUGCUUUGAUGGCCUACUCCGGUAAGAAGACCGGAAGAUCUCCAAAGGACAAGAGAAUUGUCGACGAGGAGACCUCCACCGAACACAUCUGGUGGGGACCUGUUAACAAGAAAGUUGACGAGCUGACCUGGAAGAUUUCCAAGGCCAGAGCCAUCGACUAUCUGAGAACAAGAGAAAAGAUCUACGUCAUUGACGCUUUCGCUGGUUGGGAUCCUCGUUACAGAAUCAAGGUUCGUGUUGUUUGUGCCAGAGCUUACCACGCUCUGUUCAUGAAGAACAUGUUGAUUCGCCCUACUGAGGAAGAGUUGCAGAACUUUGGUGAACCGGACUUCACCAUCUGGAAUGCAGGCCAGUUCCCAGCCAACGUCCACACCAAAGGUAUGACCUCUUCCACAUCCGUCGAGAUCAACUUCAAAUCCAUGGAGAUGGUCAUUUUGGGUACUGAGUACGCCGGUGAGAUGAAGAAGGGUAUUUUCACUGUUAUGUUCUACCUGAUGCCAAUUCGUCACAAGGUCUUGACUUUGCACUCCAGUGCCAACCAGGGUGUCCAGAACAAGGACGUCACUUUGUUCUUCGGUCUUUCUGGUACUGGUAAGACCACUCUGUCUGCUGACCCUAACAGAAAGCUGAUCGGUGAUGAUGAGCACUGUUGGUCAGACAACGGUGUUUUCAACAUCGAGGGUGGUUGUUACGCCAAGUGUCUGGACCUGAGUGGUGAGAAGGAGCCUGAAAUUUUCAAUGCUAUCAAGUUCGGUUCCGUUUUGGAGAACGUUGGCUACGACCCAGUUACCAAGAUUGUUGAUUACUAUGACAAGUCUAUUACUGAGAACACCAGAUGUGCUUACCCAAUUGACUACAUUCCAUCUGCUCUUAUCCCAUGCACUGUGGACUCCCAUCCUAAGAACAUUGUGUUGUUAACUUGUGAUGCUAGAGGUGUUUUGCCUCCAAUUUCCAAGCUAACCAACGCUCAAGUCAUGUACCACUUCAUUUCCGGUUACACCUCUAAGAUGGCCGGUACUGAAGACGGUAUCACAGAGCCAGAGGCUACCUUCUCUGCUUGUUUCGGUCAACCAUUCUUGGUUCUGCACCCUAUGAAGUAUGCUCAACAACUGUCAGACAAGAUGAUUCAGCAUGAAUCUACCGCUUGGUUGUUGAACACUGGAUGGACUGGAUCUUCUGCCACCAAGGGUGGUAGCCGUUGCCCACUGAAGUACACCAGAAGAAUUCUGGACAGCAUCCACAGUGGUGAAUUAGCCAAGGCUGAGUACAAGAACUACCCAACCUUCGGUCUACAAAUUCCAAAGGAAGUUCCAGGUGUUCCUACCGAGAUUUUGGAUCCUUCUAACAACUGGGUUGACGGUAAAGACAACUUCAACACCGAGGUUAGAAACCUGGCCCAACUUUUCAUGGAGAACUUUGAGAAGUACGCAAGUGAGUGCACUACUGAGGUUAUCCAGGCCGGCCCUCAGUUGUAA